GUCCAGUCUACAUUUUCCAUGGUUGUGCUUUUCGCCUUCUGUCUAAAUUUCUUCAGGGUGUACGGUGGUAGCUUAGUCGACGGUUGACCGUUCAAGCUGACGGUAACUUUGACUAUCUGCACCAAGCAAGCUCAGACUAUUCCAGGCACACAGGCCACGGUAGCGAUAUGAAAUACUCAUAAGAGAUCGGCGGCAGAAGCAUGGCGAUUUAAGGUGCUCGGUAACCUCUCAUGGAGGCAUGCGUAGAACUACACUAUUUCCUAGCCUGGUCAUGGACUCGUUUCCUUCCAGAAUACUGCUUACCAUCCUUACCAUACUUGUGGUGCUCGUCCCGCCCAAUGCCGCCCUGCUGCCAUCCCUCGGCAUACAAGCAGGAGCGCUCCUGGCCUGGAAAGCUACCCUGAGCAACCAAAGCCAGCAAGCCCUCCGAUCCUGGGGAAACAUGUCAACGCUUUGCAGUUGGCACGGCAUCAGAUGCGGUAUGCGGCGGCACCGGACGAUGAUCACCGGCAUCUAUCUCCGAGGGAUGCGUCUUGGAGGGACGCUUGAGUCCCUCCACUUCUCAGCAUUGAGGACCUUGACGAGCCUCGACCUCUCCCGCAACAGCCUUUCUGGGAGCAUCUCUCCGAGUAUCGAGGUCCUCGGAGAGCUCCAUGCUCUGCUCCUGCAAGGCAACCAGAUAAGAGGCUCCAUUCCACCCUCUUUAGCAAACCUCACAAAAUUGCAUUCUCUGAUGCUUCAUGACAACCAAAUCUCCGGUGAAAUACCAAGACAGGUAGGAAAAUUGGGUAGCCUUGUGAGCCUAAAUUUGUCAAGCAAUCAGUUAAAUGGUAACAUACCUUGCGAAAUAGGCAACCUAAUGCUCUUGGGUACAUUAGAUUUAUCUAACAAUAGCCUUUCAGGUCCACUUUCCUUUUGUCCAGCUAACUCUACAGUAAAUUUAAAACACCUAAACAGGCUAUCAAUAUCCCAAAAUAAUUUAGCGGGUCUCAUUUCCAAAGACAUAGUAAAUUUACUCAACCUCAAACACCUUGACAUGAGCCAGAACAACUUUUCAGGUUCAAUCCCAAGCGAAAUAGGUAACCUAAGCAAACUCACAGUCCUGCAUCUUUCAGAUAAUCAGCUUUCGGGACCAAUACCUCCGGAAGUUGGAAAAUUAGUGGGGCUUAAACUGCUCAGCCUUAGCGCAAACCAUCUUGAAGGCUAUAUUCCAGCUAGUACAGGAAAUUUAACACAGUUAACAACUCUAAAUCUUUCGACUAACGAAUUCAUCGGACAUAUCCCUGAAGAAAUAAGGAAUUUAGUGGACUUAGAGCAUUUGGGACUAGGGCAGAACAAACUUACGAGAUCCAUUCCGAACAGUUUGGGGAAUUUGACAAAACUCGCGACACUGGACCUUCAUGAUAACCAACUUUCUGGGAACAUCCCUGAAGAGUUAGGUUUUCUAGUGAACUUACAGGAACUGAACCUUUACAACAACACACUAAGCGGUUCCAUCCCAAAUAGUCUAGGGAAUUUGACUAAGCUCACUACUCUAUACCUUUGCUAUAACCAGUUAUCUGGAUCCAUUCCACCAGAAAUUGGCAACUUAAGAGAUCUUGUUUGGUUAACGCUAAGUUCUAACAAACUCUCUGGUGCAUUGCCGUCUGGUAUUUGUGCGGGACUCCGGCUACAAAAUUUCACCGCUUAUAACAACAUGUUAGUUGGACCCUUGCCAACAAGCUUGUUAAGAUGCACAAGCCUGGUCAGAUUUCGUCUCGAACGAAAUCAGCUCGAAGGAGAUAUCUCUGAGAUGGGUUUUUAUCCAAAUCUUGUCUAUAUAGAUAUCAGUUCAAAUAAAUUAUUUGGUCAACUAUCUCAUCGCUGGGGUGAAUGCUAUGGACUUUCCAUGUUCCGUGCCUCAGAUAACAGUAUCACUGGAGUCAUACCACCAAGCAUAGGGCAAUUGACUCAGUUGAGGAUAUUUGAUGUCUCGUCAAAUAAACUUGAAGGACACAUUCCUCCAGAAAUUGGCAAUAUAAUGACACUAUUCAAUUUGAGCCUCGGAAAUAACUUGCUCAAGGGAAGUAUACCGCAGGAAAUUGCAACUCUAAAAAAUCUGGAGUAUUUGGAUUUGUCUUCAAACAACCUAAGCGGGCAGUUAGGAGGGUCUGUUGAACACUGCUUAUUGCUUCGCCUUCUGAACUUGAGCCAUAAUCAUCUCAAUGGCAGCAUUCCUAAUGAACUAGGAAUGUUGGUAAACCUACAAGGAUUGUUAGAUCUAAGUGACAAUUCAUUUGAUAGCAUGAUACCGUCUCAGUUAGGUGAUCUUAGCAUGCUUGAAGCCUUGAAUCUUUCACACAAUGCAUUGAGUGGCAGAAUUCCACCAUCGUUUCAACGAAUGAACAGCCUCUUAUACAUGGACGUGUCUUAUAACAAACUAGAAGGGCCAGUGCCAGAUAGUAGGCUCUUCGAAGAAGCUCCAACUGAAUGGUUCGUGCAUAAUACACAUUUGUGCGGUGAUGUGAAAAGUCUGCCCCCUUGUGACCACACCCAAAGUUAUCGACAAAGAAAGAAGACGAGAGCUAUUUUACUAGGUAUACUACCUCCCACUGUAUCUUUUCUGUUCAUCGCUGCACUAGCAACAUGGAUAUGUAAAAAGAAGAAAUCCAAGGCAGAAAGUGCAAAGGGACUGGAUCAGGUCAAGAUGUUUGGCAUCUGGAACUUUAAUGGGGAAGAUGUGUACAAGCAAAUUAUUGGUGCCACAAAAAGUUUCAGCGAUGAUCACUGCAUUGGAACUGGAGGGAGUGGAUCUGUCUAUAGAGCCCAGCUACCAACUGGUGAAAUAUUUGCAGUGAAGAAGAUUCAUACAGUGGAAGACGAUGAGCUAUUUAAUCGUGAAAUAGAAGCUUUGAUUCCUAUUCGGCAUCGCAACAUUGUGAAGUUAUUUGGCUAUUGUUCUGCUGCUCAUGAAAGAUUCCUUGUGUAUGAAUACAUGGAUAGGGGAAGCUUAGAAAAAUCUUUGAAGAGCAAGGAAACUGCAAUUGAAUUGGAUUGGACAAGAAGAUUAAAUAUCGCUAAGGAUGUAGCAAAUGCUUUGUCCUACAUGCAUCAUGAUUGCUUUGCACCGAUAGUUCAUAGAGAUAUAACUAGCAGCAACAUUUUGCUUAAUUUGGAAUUCAGUGCCUGUGUAUCUGAUUUUGGUCUAGCAAAAAUACUAAAUGUGGAUGCAUCAAACUGCACAAGGCUUGCUGGGACGAAUGGUUAUAUUGCCCCAGAGCUUGCAUACGCAUCAAGGGUGACAGAGAAGUGUGACGUCUAUAGCUUUGGGGUGCUCAUGCUCGAGUUGUUCAUGGGACAUCAUCCAGGUGGUUUUCUUUCUUCCAUGGCCAACAAAAGCACACCAUUCGAGGAUUUGUUGGACAUCCGGCUCCCACUUCCUGAAGCUGAGAUCGCAAGCAAAAUAUUGGAAGUGAUCACUGUUGCUAUUCGGUGCAUAGAACCUGAUCCAUCGCACCGUCCAACAAUGCAACAAGCAAUGAAGGUGUUCUCUACAACUGAAAUACCUGACGAUCAUCUUGAUUAUCUGCAAACUGACGUUGGCAUCCCUGCCAGCUGGUUGUGAAUGUUCUUAGCCAACUGAUGUGUCUUCUGUCAAUUAGAGUUUGUUUUUGCCUUAGCCUCGUGCCAUGUACUACAUAUGUUGUUUGUAAGAUGGAGAGCAACUUUUCGUUAGUGGAUGUAGGAGCCCAUUCAAGCGGUAAUCGAUAUGCCUGGAUUACAUUGGCAUGCUUAUCUCUUU